GCACCACAAGGCCACUGCACCAAACCGGAGCACGCGACGCACCGCUCUCCAUUCCUCCUUGCAGAGCUCCGCGGUAGGUGCCCACGACGGCCCGUGACCAGCUCGCCAAUGGCAGGUCGCCAAGUGCGACGAUAAAGCGACCGCGUCCGGGAGCUCACAGACGACGUGAGACGCCGAAAUGCCCCCGUCUCUUUCCCUUCGUCCAGCUCUAUAUAUAGCCAUGGAGUAGCCUAGCUCUCCUUGCAGUGAUCAUAACUGGUACACAUACAUUCUUCAGCCUUGGUCACUAGCAGACUAGCUAGGUAGCUUGAGAGCAGUUUAGUUGAGCAGACGAAGAAGCCGAGUGGAAGAGAGGACCGCGCUGUAAAAAGAUGAGGAGGAGUCAUAGCUUCGUCUCCGCUCUGAAACAUGUGGUAUUGUUUCUCGUGUCGUGGAUGGUGCAUUGCGGCAACGAGCUAGUUGCUGCGGUGCCUCCUGAUGGCUGGUACGAUUACUCUGCCUACACGGAUUGCAGAGGCCAGCCGGAACCGGCGCUGUACAACGGCGGGAUUCUGAAGUACGGCAACAGUGACGACCCGACAGGCUACCACACGACGGAGACCGGCGUCUUGUCCCCGGCGUUUGUGGUAUACAACCUUAACAAGACCACUAUGUACACCUUCUCAAGUUGGGUCAGGCUGGAAGGGUCUGACUCGGCUCUGAUCACAGCGAGGCUGGCCCCGGACAACUCCGGCACGAGGUGCAUCGGGACAGUUCUUGCGAGGAAUGACUGCUGGUCGUUCCUCAAGGGCGGCUUCGUUCUGGACUGGCCGACGCAGACCUCUGUCAUUUUCUUUCAGAAUGCUGACAAGACGCCUAUGAAGAUCACCGUCGCGAGAGGCUCGCUGCAGCCCUUCACCACGGAUCAAUGGGCGAUGCACCAAAAAGAUACGAUCCGGAAGAGGAGGAAGCGGAUGGCGACGAUCCACGUGGCCGAUCCCCAAGGUAGCCGCGUGGUGGGGGCAUCAGUCUCCGUGCAGCAGACGGCCAAGGACUUCCCGUUCGGGUCGGCGAUCGCGUCCACCAUCCUGGGCAACGAGGCCUACCAGAAAUGGUUCGUGGAUCGCUUCAACGCGGCGGUGUUCGAGGACGAGCUCAAGUGGUACUCGACGGAGCCGGCGUCGGGCCUGCUCCGGUUCGACGUGCCGGACCAGAUGCUGGCGUUCGUGCGGUCGCACAGGGUCAUGGUGCGCGGGCACAACAUCUUCUGGGAGAACCAGGAGGCGACCCCUCGCUGGGUGAAGGGCCUGUCCCCGGAGGACCUCCGCUCCGCCGUCAACACCCGGAUCCAGAGCCUCAUGACGCGGUACCGCGGCGAGUUCGCGCACUGGGACGUCAACAACGAGAUGCUGCACUACAACUUCUACGAGCAGCGGCUGGGCCCCAACGCGACGGUGGAGUUCUUCAGCGUGGCGCAGGACGCCGACCCGCUGGCCACGCUCUUCAUGAACGAGUACAACGUCAUCGAGACCUGCGACGACGUGUCGUCCACCGUGGACGCGUACGUGGCAAGGCUCAAGGACCUCAGGGCCGGGGGCGCCGUGCUCGAGGGGAUCGGACUGGAGGGCCACUUCUCCAAGCCCAACAUCCCCUACAUGAGGGCCGUGCUGGAUAAGCUGGCCACGCUGGGCUUGCCCAUCUGGUUCACGGAGAUCGACAUCAACAACAAGUUCGACGCGCAGACGCAGGCCGUGUACCUGGAGCAGGUGCUGAGGGAGGCCUACUCGCACCCGGCCGUGAGCGGCGUGAUGCUGUGGACGGCGCUGCACCAGAACGGGUGCUACCAGAUGUGCCUCACGGACUGGGACCUCAAGAACCUGCCCGUGGGGGACGUCGUCGACCGGCUGCUGCAGGAGUGGCAGACGGGGCAGGCCGCCGGGAACACGGACGCCCACGGCGCCUACAGCUUCAGCGGGUACCUCGGGGAGUACGUCGUCACCGUCAGCUCCGGCAACAGCUCCGCGCAGUCCACGUUCUCGCUGUCUCCAGGGGACGAGACCAGGCACAUCACCCUUCACAUAUGAGACCCUCUCUAGCCGGAGCCAUGCUGUUUACUUUCCGCGCUCGUUGUUCUGGGCUUGUAGCUCCCCUGACAUUUCGUCGCACGCGCGUGGGCAGUGUUAUAACCGAACUACUAGUGUAGACUGUGCAGUAGUUGUAUUACCGGGUAAAGUUGCAUCAAUUUGUUUGACAUGCUGUUAAGAGUCCCGUCCCCGCCUUCACAUGCUGUUGGGAGUUCUCGAGAUUUUCAGUUUACGAACCAUCACUCGUGAACUUGUUUUACACUGUAACUUGUUGUAAAAAAGCAGGUUAUCAGUUUCUUAACUCGUUCUUGAUCC